AUGGCCAAGGCCUUCGACAUGCUGAACCCGUGCCUCUUCCUGGAGGAGUUCCAGGAGGCGCUGCAGGCUCUUGGCUUCGCCCCUGGCGCCGACUUCAAGCGCCUCUUCAACCUGCUCGACGUGAGCCGCACUGGCCGCAUCAGCAAGGCCGACUUCGUGAGCCUCCUCGAGCGGCACGUGAAGGACGACGUACACACGCUGAGCUACCGCGCGGACAACGUGGAGCAAGAUGUUGCCGCGAGGCGCAUCCAGCGCUACGUGCGCUACCAUCAGCUGCGGUACGAGCUGCCCGACUCGGACUCGCCGAUGGAGUCGAACUUCGCAAAGCUUGCGGAGACGCAGCUCGACGUCUUCCGCAGAGAGGCCGGCCUCAAGAAGGAGUCCGUCCCCACGACCGUGUUCUCGAAGCUGGUGGACGACCACCAGCGCGUCAUCAACCGCGUGCUCGUGCUCGAGAAUGAGAUCGACUACCUGCGCAGACAGGUCGAGUUCGGCGCGGUUGGCAGCAGAGUCGUCAACAGCGAGGAGGUGCGCAAGCUGCAGAGCGCGAAUCGCAACCUGCUGCACCACUUCUACUGCGCCCAGUCGGCCGCCGCGGCGGGCGCCGCCGCGCCGGAGCCGGAGCGCCACGAGCCCGAGGCCCCCGCGGCGACCGCCGAGGGCCAGGAGGAGGAGGCCGCGGAGCUGAAGCGGGAGAAGCGGCACCUGCAGCUGGAGCUGGGGAAGGGUGUCGUCAGGCUGCAGAGGGAGCUCGAGGCCCUCGCGGAGCGGACCCGCGCGAGCCAGGAGGAGCCCGCGGCGGCUCCGCACGCCCUCUCGGCGGCGCAGCUCGCCGGCGGCCGCUCCAGCUCCCGGCGCACCGCCCUGUCGGUGGGCUUCGCGGCGGAGGGCAAGCCUGCCGAGUUCAGGCUCAGCGCGGACGCGAGGGGCGGCAGCAGGACUACCUGGGAGGCUAUCCGGGCGCAGCCCGAAGCCUUACCGCUCAGGUCUCCGUCGAGGCAGGGCUGGGAGGUCCAGCUCGACUUCCAGACGCAGAGCCACCGGGUGCUCAAAGAGGCGCUCUCCGCAUUCGCCGCGGAUCGCGACGUGACGAAGUUCUUGCGGGAGGUGUCUGGAUCCAGCGUGGUCGGGCGCUACGUCGUCCGGGACGUCAUCUCUGUCGAGACGGACAUGAUCCGGUUGCGCUGCUCGGACUCCUAUCUGCAGCGGCACGUGUGCAUAUGCCUGCCCAUCUCCGACACCGUCGACAUGCGGCGGGUCUUCAUGCGGCGCUUCUGCAUCCUCGCCGUCCUCGCGGACGUGUGUGAGGUGCAGAGCGUCUUCCACUUCCCCGGCUUCUCCGAGUACCUCGCGUUCUGCGUCAUGGAGCUGCUGCAGGGUGCCCCCCUCUCGAGCCGCCUGCGCGCCUGCCGCGGCGGCGCCUGCGCCCCCAUCCCCGCCCACGACGCCGCGCAGAUCUGCGACGCCCUGCUCACCGGGCUGGAGGAGUGCCACAAGCGCGGCAUCACCCACCUGGACCUCAAGCCCUCUGCGGUGUGGGAGAUGCAGCAGCCGUCGGCGACCGUGGUCAAGAUCCUGGACUUCGGCCGGGCGCAGGUCGCCGACGCCGAGGCGCUGGCCCCCGGGGCGCAGGCCUUCUUCGAGGUGCAGCUGCCCGCGGAGGGCGCCGAGAUCGCCGCCUGGGAGGCGUUCGCACCCUUCGCCCUGCUGAUCGGCGUCGGCUCCCCGUGGUACAUGUCUCCCGCGCGCUGGUGCGACUUCACUCUGAAGCACCAGAAGACGGACGUCACUCAGCCGGCGCUGCGAUUGUGGAAGGAGCCUGGGCAGUUCGAUCAGACGCCGUGGGUGCGCAGUGGUGAGGACGAGGGCGACAUGGACAUCAUCACGGCGAGGGAGGCGACCGAGUCUGGGCUGGCGUUCCAGGCAACGCGGCCCGCGCCCACCUUCCCCGACGGGGCUUAUUUCGAGGUGGUGCUCCUGAAGGUCUGGCCACCCCAGCAGCUGUCCGGCUGCGUCGACCGUCACGACGGGCCCGUGGGCUUUGCAGUGGGCUUCACCCGCACGCCGCCGCACCUCAACGACGCGAGGCGGUGCCGGGCUCGGAAGCAGCCCAACAGCUGGGUGGUGGGCUACGACGGGCGAUUCUUCGAGAACGGCCAAGAGGUCCCGACCCAGGACGAGGCCUCCGAGGACGGCCGGGAGCAGAUGCGGGACCGGCGAAGGCUCUCGGCCGCGCAGGCAGCCCAGCCCGACGUGCUGGGCGGCACCCGCUCCGCGCAGGCCCACUCGCAGAUGGCGUGGCCCAUCGGCCCCAUGGGCUUCUCCCUCGCGGAGCUGCAGCGGAACGACCGGCUCGGCGUGAUGGCGACCGAGUCGGGGCACCUCGUCCUCUUCGUCAACGACGCCAUGAUCUGCAAGGUCAAGGCCACGAACCUGAGCGCCCGCGAGCCGCUGUACCCGCUCGUCGAGAUCUGCGGCGUGGCCCGCGAGAUCGGCCUGGUGCCGCGCCCGCGCGGCCCGCGCGGCCUGGAGGAGUCGCACCGCGCCCACGACCACAUGGCCUCCACCUGCGAGCGCCUGGCCCCGCACGCGGAGACGACCUACGCGGACAUCUACGCCGCGGCGGCCAUCGUGCAGGAGUGCUUCUGCAGCACCGCCAGGCCGACCGUGCCCUCGGCGUUCCUGCAGCUGCUGUCGGCGGUCUCCUCGUGGAUCCAGCAGGGGUGCCCCGAAGUCGCGCUCCACGGCGACAUGCUGCUCGCCCUCACGAGGUGGUCCAAGACCUCGCGCGUGCAGAGUGGCCUCGACCCCGGCAUCGCCGAUGUGCUCCAGCGCGUCUUCAGCGCCGCGGGGGCACCGCCCAAUGUCCUCGGUGCCGCGGGCACGAUCUGCUCCGCGCGGCAGCUCCGGAUGGCCCUGAACGAGAAGACCGGUUGCCGCCACGUCUCGCCCGAGUUCCUGGGCAGCCACGCGAAGGCGGUCACCCAGGCCACGAACUUGCGGAGGUUCUUGCACCAGGGCCUGCGCGAGAGAGACUCCGCGCCGCAGAGGCUCGACGCCGAGCUGUGGGACAUCAGGCCCUGGACGCUCUCCGCCUCGCACAUCCGCCACGUGGUCCUGGUCCUCCAGUCCGAGCUCGAGGGCCACAUCUGGAGGGUGGGCAUCUCGAAGCUCGAGGCCAACGUUCCCCUGGAGCUGAAGCUCCAGCUGGUCAAGUGCUUCAACCGCACCCUGCAGACCGUGAACGGCGACGGCGACGAGCCGGCGCCGUCCAGCGGCAGCUCCCGCAGCACCCGCAGGCGGCCUGGCAUCGUCGGCUUCCACGCCGUGCCUUCGCUGCAGUUCGAGAGCUUCCCGCUCCCAGCGGACGCAUGCCCCGUGUCGUUCGCGCGCUUGCAGGAGGCGAACGCCGUGGGCGUCGUGCUUCACUUUGUUCGCCGCGUCAGCCUGGGCCAGGGGCUCUCGGAGACGCCGGUGGGCACCGCAGGCGCCGCACAGCUGGCGGAGGCGCUGCACGGCAACGUGCUCCUGCAGGAGCUGGAGGCCCCUGGCCAGGGCUUCGGCGACGAGGGCGCAGCGCUGCUGAGCGACGCGCUGCAGGGGGGCACCAGGCUGCGCCACCUGCGCCUCGGCGGCAACGGCAUCGGCGACGCUGGGGCCCAGGCGCUCGCAGCCGCGCUGCGGGCGCCCGCCUGCGAGCUGCAGCUCCUCGACCUGGCCGGCAACGCGCUGGGCGACUCGGGCUGCACCGUGCUGGCGGAGGCCGUGCAGAAGAACGCCCACCUGUGCAGCCUCGUGCUGCGGCGCAACGGCAUCGGGCCCGACGGGGCCACGGCCCUCGCGGACGCCCUGAUGUACAACCACGCGCUGACGGAGCUCGACCUGGGCCAGAACUCCGUCGACGCUGCGGGCGCAGGUGCCCUCGCCAGGGCCACCAGGGUCAACGUCUCGCUCGCCUCGCUGAGCCUGCAGGGCAACUCCCUGGACAUGCGCGCGGCGGUGUGCCUCGCGGAGGCGCUCGCUGGCGAGCCCUGCGAGUUCCCCCCCAACAUCGACAAGCCCCGCUUCGCGACCCGCGCGGCGGGCGCGAGGCCCGAGGGGGCGAGGGCCUCGUGGUCGCCCCGCAACUCCGCCGCCACCCUGGCCGCCAACAUGCUCAACGACGCGCGGAGCCGCGCGAACCAGGGCAGCUGCCUCCAGCGGCUCGACCUGCGCCGCAACUCGCUGGGCAGCACGGGCGCCGCCACGCUGCUAGAGGCACUCCGCGGCAGCACCCGGCUGACGUCCAUCAGCCUGGCCUGGAACGAGCUGGGCCUCGAGGCCUCCGCGGCGGUGGCGGAGCUGUUCAGGCCCGGCUCCCAGUGCGCGCUGCGGGAGCUGGAUCUGAGGGACAACCGCCUGGGCGAGUUCUCCGCGCUGGGCCGCGCCUUGGAGGGCAUGGCCAGGCACAUCCUCGAGCGGUCCGGCGACGGGGCGAACAGCUCCAAGGGAUCCGCGCGGUCCUCCAGCAAGCGGCCCUCGGCGCGAGGGGGCUCGAAGGAGGCCCCCUCGCAGUCGAGGAAGAGCACGCAGGAGGAGGUCCUGCCGCGCCGCGGCACGCUCGCCCCCCCGGGUCCGGACGCCAUUGUGGUGCAGGAGCUCGGGCCUCGCGUCUUCAAGAACCUCGAGGUGCUGCUGAUGUACAACAACCCCGGCCUCGCGUCGCGACCCGGGCAGGACAGCGCCGGCGCACCCGAGGUGGCAGGCCUGUCGGCGCUCGUGCGCGGGCUGCCGCCCACCCUGCGGCACCUCUCGCUCGGCUCGUGCGGCAUCGGCAGCGUCGGCGUGGUGUCCGUGCUGCGGGCGCUGAAGCACGGCAAGUCCUUGGAGCUGCUGGACUUGAGCGACAACGAUUGCCACGAGUCUUCCGACAAGGACGAGCAGCUGUUCUGCGACGCACUGAUCGGCGCCAUCGUCAACCUGCCCUCCCUGAGGCGCCUCAACCUGGCCCUGAACAGGAUCGCGGACGACUCGGUGAUCAGGCUGGCGCAGGUCCUCUGCUUCGAGGCGCCGGGCGUCACCGUGGACGUGUCCGUCAACAAGGUCUCGGACGACCUGAUCCAGGCCGUGCGCGACUGGGUCGCCAACGAGGCCGCGGGCGCCACGGCGCAGGACAGCGGCACCGACCCCGACCCCUCCGAGGUGAUGCCCACGACACCGAGCUGUUUGAGCUGGCCCUGCAACUGCUCCUACAACUACCUGGGCUUAUGCUUCAAGGUGUUCUCGCGCAGCGUGUACGACGCGCCGUUCUCGAGAGCAUCCAGCCUCUUCCCCACCGAGUCGCCCGAGACGUGGACGCCCCGCUCGGCGCGGCUCCGAUCGGCCCGGCGCGCCCUGGACGCCGCCGUCGGCUCGGCUGGGCCGCUGGCGCCACGCCCGCGGACGCCCGGCGGGUUCGGCGCCCGCCGUGUUGCGGCGCUGGCGGCCGAGGCUGGGGCGCGCGCCCAGCAGGGGCGGCGCCUGGCGGCGCGGAGACCGCGCGAGCCCGUGCCCCGCGGCGCACGGUGCGCCAGUCGCGCGGCGGGCGGCGGGCGGCGACGCCGCCAGGGCAGCCUGCUGCGUGGCUUCGAGCACGCGCUGCGCGGCCUCCAGGUGCUCGAGCUCCCGGCGGCGCGCUGUCACAGCUGUCAGUGGCGAGAUCCCCCGAUCCCGCCGGGAUCAGAUCCGGGAUCAGAUCCGGAUCAGAUCCGGGAUCAAGUCAUAUUGAGCUUGAUCCCGCAGAUCCGGGAUCAGAUCCAGGCGAACGGGCCCGUUGCGAGAAGGAGCUCGCUCAGGGGCGAGCUCAGCGCCGCCUCCUUCAGGGACGAGGUGCGCAAGGCCACCGCGGAGGCUUUCGGGUGCGGAGGCCAGAUCGACCAGUCGCGCCUCGCCCGCGUCGAGGAGGCGCUGCUGCCGAUCUGGCGCGCGAGCCCGAAGGACGACGCCGGCCGCGUCGAGAACCGCACGCUCCGCUACAUGGCCCACAGGUACUUCAAGAAGAGGUCCUCCAUGUGGAUUCGCGGCCUGGAGCAGGCCGGCCCGGCGUCCUCCGAGUGGCGGGCCGCCGACGUGUUGAGCCGGCAGGUGCCAGGGCACGUGGAGUCCGUCCUGGCGUCGCGGCAUGCCGCCGAGCACGGCUUUGACCUCCACGACGCCGCGCUCAUGGUGGCUGCGCUGGAGCGGAUGGUCUUCUUGGCCACGCGCACGCCAAUCUUCGAUGCAGAGAGCCACCUGUUGGAGGACGUCUACCAGAGGCACAGGCGGACCACGGACGAGGGCAUAUCCCGAAGCGCGCUGAAGGAGUUCUUGCUGCGGUGGAUCCUGGCCGAGAACGUCGGCGGCAGCGCGGGGAGGCCGCUGAACCGUGAUGCAGCGGCCCGGUCCUUCCCGCAGUGGUUCGAGGUCGCCGCCAUGGCCUCUGGGGAGAUCCACUUUGGCGACGCCCACGAGGUCGUCGGCGGCAUCGUCGACCGCUUCGGGUCCUUCUGGCAGGCCGAGUGCACGUCCAUGAGGGACCAGCUGGUCGCCAUGGACGUUCACAGGACCGGCCGCGUACCCCUGGCGAAGUUCUACGGCACGGGGCAGGACGCCAACUGGCGCUUCGCGGAGUCGGAGGCGUACCUGCGCGACCUCGGAGCGCUGGACGAGUCCUCGCCGUGGCGCGGCAAGCAGGUGAUCAUCGCCAACUACAUCCAGGCCGCCUCCAACUGCAUCGUCUCGACCCCGCACUACCUCGUGUGCUGCGCCAGCGACUGCGAGCCCCUGCUGGCCGAAGUCGAGGCCGGCAUCGGGCGGCCGGUCGGCACCCCGGAGGAGAUCCUGCGGCUGGUUGGGAACAUGACCUCGCAGGUGCCGAUCCACGGGCGCCUCUUCGCGCAGUGGUUGCACUACGCGUUCCCCCGCGAGUGUCCGUUCCCCCACAAGGCGGGCGCGGCGUCGGCGAGGACACCCGCGGAGUUCGGCGACGGGUACCUCGUGACGAGCAGGGAGGUGCAGCAGCACGCGGACGUCCAGGGGCCAGUGGACAAGGAGGACCUCGAGUGGAUGUCCCAGUGGAGCUCCGAAGAGGAGCUCAUCGCGGACUACAAGGUGCACCUCAGCGCCCCCUGGGAGCGCCGCCUGCCCGCGGCCGCUGUGCUCGCGGCGGCGGCGGCGGCCCUCGCGGCCUUCGGCGGCGUCGCCUCUGGCCCGGGCAAGGCUCGCGCGGUGCUGCCGUGCUAUCAGAAGGCCCACUUCGUCUGA